UUUAACUACCCGGUCAAAGCACUUAAAAGUGUGUGCCAAAAGUCAAAGCGUCAUAUAAAAAAACAGAGGGAGUAUCAACGAGGGAAAUAUUCAGACACGGCUAUUAUAUAAGAAUUUCAAAUGCACCCGCUGGAAUCCCCGGGAUUAGCCAACAGUGACAUACUGAUUGUCAGAAAUAUUAGCAGAAGAUAGCUCUUGCUUUCUCCCAUAGCUCUUGGAAUCCCAAACCCAUAUUUCUCACUUGUCCAUCAACUCUCUUCUCCACAUUCUUUUCCAUUUAUAUAUACACCUGCACCACUAGCUUUCACUAGCAAGUAACGCCUCGGAACUAUCACAAAUAAUGUCUUGUUACAUUUUACACUUCUUUCGACUCUCAUUCCUCUUGUUCUUUGUCUGAACUCUGGAGCUCUUGGAUUUUUAUUAUACUAAUCUAUCAAGAUUUUUUUUAGUGUUUGGUUGUCAUGGGUGAGGAGGAUCAUGGUGGCUGGUCACCUGCCGGAGCUCCGGUGAACUUACAGAGAGAUUACUAUUUUAGACAUUUUGGUAAUUCGGUUAAUGCUGUUUCUUGUGGCUUUGUGGCUACUGCCAUUCUCAUUUCAAUGUUUCUUGUUAUGGCGCUUUUUGAGAGGUUUCUUAGACAUGCUUCGCCGGAAACUUCGCCGUCCGGUGACCGGAGUCAUGCAGAUGGGGUGUCUCACUCCCAGGUGGGCUACCAUGGAAAGCUGAGCUACCCAUCACCCAAGGUACCAACGAGGGCGAUUGAAGUGUCGGUCUUAAUGCCUGGAGAAGCAAUUCCCACAUUUAUAGCACAGCCUGCUCCUGUGCCUUGUCCCCAGGAACGAGUAUCAUGGCCUCCUCAUAAUCGUGUCUGAUUCGCUAGUUGCACAUAGUCGAUCCCGGCAUCAACUUGAGCAAAUUCAUCAGAUAGUAUCGCAGAGAAGUGUAGCCUUGAGUCUUUGUAGUGUAAUUUUUAUCUGUACAUAUUUGAUGAGGACUGGACAGAUGAUUCUUCAUAAAAUUUGCAUGUGCAACAUAUAUUGAUGUAUGCAAAUGCAAUAUGCAUGGUGCUAGCUACUUGGUAUAUAAAUUUCAUUAGUUUCGGCGGGA